AACUCAUCACGUCACUCAUCAUCGAUGCAUCACAGUCCAUGAUCCACUAUGUAACUACACAAAAAAUGCUUGAAGAAGGCAGUUCUUACAAUAAUCUUAGCUUCUAACGAACGACCACCGUUCCUCGGCGCCUUGGUACCAAAAAUAUCCGCAGAUACCGAAAAACCCUCCGGGCAAAGUCUCUUUCCUUGUGAUAAAUUCUUCAGCAUGGACAUUCCAGUUACCUGUAGAGUUUCUUCCCUUCCCUCUCUUUCGCAUUUCCCAUGGGCAACGUUUUGAGUGCUUAUAAGACUGAGAACUGUGUCCUUCGAGUCGGCGACCUAGGCGACAUCGAAGGCUUAGUUCUAUCUCGGGCAGAAACAAACGGGCCUCUUGCCAGACGUUUUCUGAGCGUACCGUAUGUCCUUCCUCCCACAGGUCAAUAUCGUUGGAGAAAACCUCGAAAGCUACCAUCUGGCUACUCUUAUAGUCCCAAUGGCACACCACGAGACUGUACAAGAUUCGGGUCGAUAUGUCCACAGCCAAAUUACACCAAGCUUGGAAACCACGCCUUCUCAAAAUAUGACGAGGACUGUCUGACUUUAAAUAUCUGGACUCCCUCCGGGACUCCUCCUGAACAAGGUUGGCCUGUGAUGCUGUGGUUUCAUGGCGGCUGGCUCCAAGUGGGAGACCCCUCAGUCGAUCCGAACAUGGACCCUACCGAGCUUAUAUCAGCGACUGGAGGUGGUCUCCAAUGUGUUUUUAUAGCCGCUGCAUACCGGCUCUCCGUGUUCGGCUUCUUGGCCUCAAACGAGCUUGCGGAAGAGGCCGCGACGCUCGGCGAAUAUGCGUUUGGAAAUUAUGGUUUAUGGGACCAGCGUGCUGCUCUGUUAUGGACUCACGAACAUGUUCAUCACUUUGGUGGUAAUGCCCAGGAAUUAACCCUCUCCGGACGGAGUGCGGGUGCAUACAGCACGCAUGCCCUUGCUUCCCAUGAUUUUCUGCUCCAUCCCGAAGAACGGGCUCUCUACCGACGCCUUGUAAUGUAUUCAAAUGCGAUCCCCGCAGAUCCCAAAACUGUAGAAGAGGUUCAGCCGCAAUUUGACGAGCUUUUGACAGCAUUCGCGAUUCCUUUGUCUUUGAGCGGUUCAGAAAAGCUUGAAUGCCUGCGAUCGAAACCCGCUCUUGAGCUUGUUGAUAAGAUCAUGGCAUUCGAUAAUCACACCUUCCGUCCCAUUCGAGAUGGGCAUUUCUUCCCUAUGGACUUGUUUGCCCGAUAUCUAAAUGGCGAUUUUGCGGCAGAGUUCAAGAGACGGGGGAUGUCGUUGCUGAUCGGCGAGGUCCGCGACGAGGAGACACUUUAUAGACAGACUAAUCCACCUAAUGAUCUCGACACACUCUACAAGGAAGUAGGAAACUAUUAUUCGCCCGCAGUUACAAGAAUGAUGGUGGAUGCCUAUGUCAAUCGCAAAAUCAAAGCGGAUGGCGCACAUCCAGACCCUGAUAUCAACAUCGAUCCUUGGAAGAAAGUUUACGGAGACAUAGUCUCGGAUGGCCAAGUCCGUGCACCCUCAAGACUUCUCGUACGACAACUUCGUGAUGGAGGUGUACCACUCUCUUCCGUGCAUCGUUAUAUGAUCAAUUGGCGGCCUUCUUUCGUUCAGAGGGCAGCCCCGAAAGAGUUUGGCGUCGGGCAUGCAUUCGAUAAGCCCAUUUGGAAUUACUCUGUCCUGCAUGGACCGACCCCAGAAGAAGAGGCAACGAUGAAGACAUGGAUUAGGGAUCUGGUCGACUUUGUCCAUGGGCGCCCGUUUGACUAUGGUACUCGUGCUUGGGACCAGCAGAAGGUGCUCAAUUUCGAUGGAUCCAUCUCCAUUGAGAAAGAUCACAAGUGGGAUUAUCUCGUCCAGGUUGCGGACGAAAUGUGUAACGCAAAGUAACGAUAGGCUACGGUGGAAUGAGUUUUACGCAUGUUCAGGACGACAAAUAUACAUAAAAUCUAAGAAUUUACGAACAGUCCUUAUGAUACCGUAUACUACCGUAUGAAGAUUAGCCAACUUCUUUUCGCCCAUCGAAGCGAUGGCUAACUAUCAAUCGAAAUUUUUGAACGAGG